AUGGCCGCCGCCGCCCCGAGCCGCGGCCCCCGCGCCGUUACCUCCGGCGGCCGCGGCCGCACCGGGACCCGCAGCCGCACCGGGAGCAGCGGCGACGGGCGCGGGGCCGGGCGGCGGCAGCGCUCAGCCAGCGCCAGGCAGCCACCGACACCGGCACCGGCGGCGCGCACGGCCGCGGGCACCAGAGCCGGGAACACGCGCCGGGAACGCGCGCCGGGGAGCGGGGGCACGCACGGGGAAGCGGGAGUCGGCACCGGGAUCGGGAACACGCACGGGGGACCGGGCAUCGGCACCGGGAUCGGGAACACGCACCGGGACCGGGCAUCGGCACCGGAGGCGCACAUCGGGAGCGGGGUCACGGUCGGGGAAGCUGGGACACGCACCGGGGACACGCACCGGGACCGGGUGUCGGCACUGGGGACACGCACGGGGCUUGCGGUGUCUGCAAGGGCGGACCCGGACGGGGACCGGGCACCCACACCCGAGUGGGCACCGUGGGGACGCUCCAGGGACAUGUUCUGGGUGUGGGCAUCCACAGUGGGGACACACAGCCGGAGCAGGGACACACACUGGGGACACACACUAGAUGGGGUUGUCCCCCAGCUGUACCAUCCUACUUGUGGGGACACUUUGUCCCCCCUUAGGACAGCCGCCUGGAGCCCGGCCCUGCUGCCGCCCGCCGCCCGCAGCAACUGGUGCUCCUACACGGUGACACGGACGGUGUCGUGCCACGUCCAGAACGGGACCUUCCUCCAGAGGGUCUUCCAGGGCUGCCGCUGGCCCCUGGCGUGCAGCGGGGGCAGCUACCGCGCCGUGCUCCGGCCGCUCUACAGGGUGACCUACAGGACGCUGACGGCGCUGGAAUGGCGCUGCUGCCCCGGACAUGCCGGAGCCAACUGUGAGGAAGGAGGCGAUGCCCCACAGGGGGGUGCCCCCCUGCUGACUCCCCAUUCCUCGGCAGAGGCUCACACCCUCCUCACCCUGCGGGACACCGGGCGCCCCAGCGCAGCCCCGCGCCGGCCCCCCCUGCACCCCACGGCCUUCUCAGGGUGUCUGAACUGCAGCCGUGUCGGGGAGCUGACAGCCCGGCUCGCCACCCUCGAGGCGCAGGUGGCCCGGCUGGCGGUGGCCGAGCCCCCCACCCCAGCAGCCCCCAAGAGCAGGGACCCCGAGGCUGGGCAGCUCUGGGGGUCCCCAGCCGCCCGCGGGAGCCCCGGGGAUGAUGGGAGACCCGGCUGGAGGGGACCCCCCGGCCCCAAGGGCGACGUGGGAGGACGGGGACCCUCGGGAAUUCCUGGAGUGAAGGGUCCGGUGGGGCCCCCAGGUCCCCCCGGCCCCCCAGGACCACCCGGGCGGGAUGGAGCCAGGGGGCUCCCCGGAGAGAAGGGGUUACCCGGGCUCCCCGGCCCCCCGGGCCCCCCUGCCCCUGUGGGGCCGGCGAUUCCCCGACUGGCCGAGCCCAGGGAUCCUGUCCUCUCCAACACCUUCACCGAAGCCACCAGGAGCAUCACGGGUCCCGUGGGACCCCCCGGACCCGUGGGGCCAAUGGGUCCCCCCGGCCCCCCAGGUCCCAUCGGUCCCCCCGGGCCCCCAGGACCCGAUGUAAGAGCUCCCGGGGCUGCCGGGCCCCCCGGGGAGAAGGGGGACAGGGGUCCCCAGGGCCACCCGGGCAGCCGCGGGCAGGACGGGGCGCAGGGCGAGCCGGGCCCCCGGGGCGAGCCGGGCGAGAGGGGCACUUGGGGGGAGGGUUUGCACCAGCUCCGCGAGGCGCUGAAGAUUUUAGCGGAGAGGGUUUUAAUCUUGGAAACAAUGAUUGGGCUCUACGAGCCAGAGCCCGGCUCGGGCAGCGGUGCCCCCAGCACGGCGACCCCCGGGGUGCCCCGUGGCAAGCGUGGCAGUGGCCAGCCCCCGUACCGCAUGGUCAGCCCCCCGCGCCGGGCACCCCCGGAGCCGUGACACGGGCGCGGUGUCACCCCCGGGCCACCCCCGCUGUGCCGCCCUGGGGAGCGGGGUGGGGUCACCCCAUCCUCCCUCUUGGUGCUACUGGUGGCACGGCACCCCCAGCCCGCGCUUCGCCCCCAUCGCCGCUGCUUCAGCCCCCAGGAGGGUGAGGGGCGACCCCAACCCCAUUUGUGUCCCCCCUGUCCAAGGGACAGCUCCGGGGGGAUGGAUUCUGUCCCAUCCCGUCCUCCCCCACGGGCACCCCGGGUGGGGGGAGG